GCCUUUGGAUUGUAUACCUUGUUGUUGUACUAGUCACCGAUACACUCACUUGCACCUUCUAGCAGCUUCAUGUGAUACUUGUUUUCCAGGUACAUCAGCGCUAAAUCUUUAAACAGCGCUAUCUGGUACAUCACCACGAUGAUCUCGUCAAACUAGCACUUCUAAGCGUUUGAGCCGUUCCGCGUCGUCCGAACUUUGUGAUGCUAUUGAAAACCUGUCUUUUGUCCAUUGUUCCCCUUUUUUCAAACGCCGUUCAGAGCAUAUGGACGGUUUGUCGGAGAAUUCGAUAUAACUUUGUGCCGUAGAUCUAACGUCAUUCUUCAACAUUCUUCAACCGCCCAUCAUUUGGAUGCAUUGCUGCGGGGUCUGUAUGCGAUGCGGAUAUAAAAGACUCCUGAGCCACGCGUCUAUGGUCUCUUCUCCAUCUGCCACUUGUUCUCUCAUCGGUACUUUGACUAACCAGUAAUUAACUCAUGAGCUAUAGAGGCGACCGUGGACGUGGUGGCUACGACCGAGGGCGGGGACGAGCGAGCCCUGUGCCUAGCUCCCGCUCAAGCCCUGGAGGUGAAGGGUUCAGGGGACGGGGCGGAGGUGGGCGAGGAGGAUACGAUGGCGGUGGUGGCAGAGGCGGCUUCGGGGGUGACAGAGGUGGCGGCGGAUUCAGGGGUGGAGACAGAGGUGGUCGUGGCCGGGGUGGACCUCCCAGAGGCCGUGGAGGCAUCUUUGCGGAAGGCCAACCAGCAAAUAUUGACGCCCGUCUUGCCAACAAAUCGGAAGAUCAACUUGUUGCUUCACUUCGUUCACUUCAGCUAAAGGAUACGGACUUACCUACACGUCCGGGCUUUGGCACAGUCGGGACAGUCAUCAAGCUCAGGACGAACUUCUUCCCAGUUCGUGUGCCGAAGGGACCUCUGUAUGAGUACAAUGUCGAAAUCACUCCCUCUGUCUCCAUCAGACGGAUGAAGAGACGUAUCUUUCAGCUUGCGGCAGAGACCAAUGAUUGGGCUCAAGCAGGCAUGGUGGGGAGAGUUGCCCACGACCAUACCAGCAAGCUUAUCGCUGCGAACUUGUUGCCACAACCAUUGGAAAUCCGUGUACCGUUUCAAGAUGAAGAUGGUCCCCAACAGCAACAGCAGCAAAAGCCCAAGGGUGGGAAGGGUAAGAGACCGCCCGAGGAAUAUAUCCUAACCAUUGUGUAUGUGCAAGAUCUCGAGAUGGAGAGCCUCGUCAGCUACCUGAAUGGCCAUCCUCAAUAUCGAGGAUAUGACAUCACACCGGUCGUAGCAGCGCUCAAUCUCAUCUUAUCGGCGCACCCAAGUCGGGCAGCUGGGGGUGGCGUUAUGGUUGGGAGAAACAAGUUCUUCCACCGAUCCGCAGCCGAACCUCCCUUCCCUCUCGGCGGAGGUCUUGAAGCAUGGAAAGGUUUCUACUCUUCGGUUCGUCCUGCUCACAAGCAGCUAAUGGUCAAUGUCAAUGCAUGUACGACGGCUUUCUAUGUUCCUGGUAACUUGGCGGUUCGCAUGGAGGAGUUUCGCAACGCAAGCUUUGGGGCCAGGUACAACGCCUUUGCGCGUGGUGUAAGAGUAGUUGCUACUCACUUGGGGUAUCGCAAGACUAUAAAGAAGGUCGCUGCAGUGAGCGCCCGACAACAUUCGUUCGUCGCGGAUGGACUGGGAAAGGUGACAGUCGAAGAAUAUUUUGCAAGGAAGUACAACAUCACACUCAAGAACCCCAACCUCCCCCUUGUUGACGUCGGCGGCCAGAAGCAAAACCUGCUUCCUCCUGAGGUCUGCGAGAUUAUCGAGAAGCAGCCCUUCAAAGGAAAGCUUCUGGAUGAACACACCGCACAGAUGAUCCUGGUCGCUUGUCAGCCGCCUAACAUCAACGCUCAAGCUAUUGUUGGUAGAGGUCUAGAUGAACUUGGUUUCAGGCAAGACGCCGAUCCACUCGGGGCAUUUGGUAUCAGCAUUGGCAACGAAAUGGCCAUUGUUCCCGGACGUAUCCUCCCGUCUCCAAACAUUCGUUACGCACAGGGCGCGCCUCGUGUGGAUGAACGAGCAAGUUGGAACCUUCGCGACGUCAAAUUCGCUAUCGGGGCUAGAUUGAGUAACUGGGCCGUCCUCAUCAUUCAAGACGGUAAUACUAGAGACGAGUUCUCUGGGUCCACCGACCCAGAACUCCGGAGUAUUAUCUCUGGAUUCUCGAAGAUGUGCAAGACCUCUGGCAUGACGGUGGAUGAUAAACCUCCUUCUAUCGCUGUUGCUCAACUUCCACGCAAGACACCAGAUGACCCUAUACGCAAAAAGGCCAUUAGUACCAUACGGGCUGCUCUGAUGACCAUCAAACCCAAGCCGACUCUGGUCAUGGUUAUGCUAUCGAAUGGCGAUAAACACGUCUACUCUGGCCUGAAGCACCUGUGCGACGUAUAUUUGGAUGUUACUACAGUCUGCGUGCACUCUGCUAAAAUUCGGAAAGAGAAGGGUCAGCUGCAGUAUUUCGCGAAUGUUGCACUGAAGGUGAAUAUGAAGAUGGGAGGCGUGAACCACACACUGGAUCAGAGGAACCUCCAAUGGUUGAAGCAGGCUCCGACGAUGCUAGUUGGUAUGGACGUAACCCAUCCUGGCCCUGGUACAGUUUCGGGAACGCCGUCGAUUGCUGCUGUGGUAGCCAGCGUUGAUCAAAACUUCGGGCAGUUUCCAGCGAGCCUCAAGAUACAAGAGUCGAAGAAAGAGAUGAUUACACCAUUGGCUGAGAUGAUGGUGGAAAGACUGAACACGUUCAAAGCUCGAAGCAAGGUUUUGCCAUCUCGAAUCAUUGUCUAUCGCGAUGGCGUCUCGGAGGGGCAAUUCAUGACGGUCGUGCUGGAAGAGAUGCCAGAAAUCAAGGCAGCUUUCCAGAAGUUCAACACGCCUCAGCAGCUGUACAAGCCGAAACUGACUAUCGUCAUCUGCGGAAAGAGACAUCAUACUCGAUUCUAUCCCACCGAGGCGCAGAAUGCUGACAGGGAUGGUAACCCCCGUCCUGGCACUGUCGUUGACCGUGGUGUCACGGCUGUCUACGAGUUUGAUUUCUUCUUGCAAGCUCAUGGCGGAUUACAGGGGACAACUCGUCCCACUCACUACUACGUCGUUCACGAUGAGAUUGGCUUCGCAGCAGACCAGUUGCAAGGCCUUACAAAUGACGUCAGCUACAUGUUCGCUCGUGCAACGAAGGCGGUCAGUUUGGUUUCUCCGGCCUAUUACGCCGACCUUGCUUGUGAACGUGGCAGGUGUUACUUGCACUCUUUGCUCCAAGGCAUUUCGGACAGCGGUACCACUGCCACUAGCGAGGGUGGCGAAGUUGAAGUAUAUCGUGAAGGCGAGAAGAUGUGGAGAAAUGGCGUGGCCGGCGGGAUGAAGGAGACCAUGUUCUAUCUCUAAUGGUUCGCGAGUAUGUAUGAUGAAUGGUUUUUGUGACUUUGUAUUUAGUACGACACUCCUGUUUCGUUCUCGGCGGCAAUAUGGAUGAAUGAUAUAGGACUGUAUUAUAGCGGAAUCCAUGCAUGUGGUAUCUCUAUGAUUGUUGGAAGUGUAGACAUGUAAAGAUAUAGCAUCGGUGAAGUCUGGUACGCAAGCCGUAGAAUCUACGCUCUCUUGGAUUGCACGGCCCUAGGAACAAACAUCGUGAUGGUCUCUAAUUUAUGAGGUUUGGACGCCUUGGGGGCCACGUCUGGCUUAGUAUUAUUGAGCACUUGU